CAUCUGCCAUCCCGGCGCCUUGUAGCAGUACAAGAAAGCGGCAAAAUGUUUUUGGUUUCUAUUUGGGAAGCUGGCGUUAGGCUCACACUUCUGUUCAAACUUUAUUAAAUGCAGUUAAUUGAAAUUAGAAGCUGCUUUCCUGUGUGGGGUGAAGAUCAGAAGGGUUGGUUGAUUUUCAAGGGAGAACUGAGAAGGAUAUUGAAGGUCCCUCUGUGGGGGUUUGCAGAAAGAAAGCUCAAAGAUGAAAGAAGGUUGGCUUAAGUGGUUCAGGAGCAGGCGGCUACGCCUAAUUCUCAUGUCCUUCAUCUGCACCACCCUUGUCAUUUGGGCAUGGGAGAAGACAUCCGGCGUUGCUCCAGAAAUUCUAAUGGAAAUGCUAUCUCCAAAGGACACAAACCUGUUGGGUGAGGCUCCGUUUGUGGAGGAAAAGGGGGUCGACCUGAACACAAGUUCAGAAUCGUCUAUUUGGGGUGUGAAUUCUACUGUUUCAGAGAAGAACAGAGAUCUGGACUUUGAUGAUGAUAGCGGUCAAUCCCGGGUCUCUGCACGGGAAACUGCACAGAAAGAGCCAGUGACAAAGAGCAAACAAAACAGUCAAGAUUGCGACUAUAGGAAAGGGAAAUGGGUACUGGACAAAAAAAAGCCCCUCUAUUCUGGCUUUGGUUGCAAGCGGUGGCUGUCACCGAUGUGGGCGUGCCGGCUAACUCAACGACUGGAUUUCGCUUACGAGUCCUUAAGAUGGCAGCCAAAGAGUUGCGAACUGCCAAAUUUUGAAGCGGACUCCUUCUUGAGGAAGAUGGCCAACAAGACGAUUGCAAUGGUGGGUGAUUCUCUGGGUAGGCAGCAAUUUCAAUCCCUCAUGUGCAUGAUCACCAGAGGUGAGGAGAGAUCAGAUGUUGAAGAUGUUGGCUGGGAAUAUGGGCUGAUCAUACCCCGUGGAGCAAUACGCCCUGAAGGUUGGGCUUAUCGCUUCCCAGAUACUAACACUACCGUUCUCUUUUACUGGUCAGCUAGCCUUUGCGAACUGGAACCCCUUAAGCAGCAGAAAUCUAAGCGUCAAACUGACUUGGCCAUGCAUCUAGAUCGACCAGUUAAGUUUCUAAGGCAGUAUCUUCAUCGGUUUGAUGUUUUAAUUCUUAACACUGGACACCAUUGGAACAGUGGCAAAUUGCAAGCUAAUCGGUGGAUCAUGUACAUGAACGGUACGCCAAUUGCGAACAAUAGCUUAACAGAAAUAGCUUAUGCUAAGAACCUUACAGUUCAUAGUGUUGUUAAAUGGCUUGAUUCACAACUCCCACAUCACCCACAGCUGAAAGCCUUCUUUAGAACCCUCUCUCCCAGGCACUUCUUCAAUGGGGAGUGGAAUACGGGCGGGACCUGUGACAAUACAGUUCCUUUAUCUGGAGGAAGCAGGGUCCUGCAAACGAAGUCUAGUGAUCCAGUUGCUGAGAGUGCCGUCAGAGGAACAAGAGUCAGGCUCUUUGACAUUACUGGCUUGUCAUCCCUUAGAGAUGAGGGUCACAUAUCUAGAUAUAGCAUAAAAGCCACUCCAGGAGUGCAGGAUUGCCUGCAUUGGUGUCUCCCAGGUAUUCCGGAUGCAUGGAAUGAAAUCUUUGCUACAUUGAUAUAAAUUUAAAUUCUUCUGACGUUCUUUUAGAAGCUCUGAAAAGGUGUAUUCACAUAUAAAGCUAUAUAUUGUAUAUAUCGUUCAUGGACCAAGCACUAGCGCCAGAAUGAAGUUCGUCAUGUUAGAGCUUCUUGUUGGGAAAUCUGAGCUUCUUGUGGUUUCCUUUUACUGAGGUUACAUUUUCUGGGCCAUUUCUCCAUGCCCAUUGAGGGCUUGUGGGCAUCAAGCUGCUAUCUUCUGAAGGUUAAAACAGUGCUUGUUGUGACUAGAUUGAUGAUUUCUGAUUCUCAACUGAAGCUCACCUCUGACAGAUGUUACUGCCUAGAAGAUGCAUUUUUGGGCGCCAUAUGAAUUUCCACUCAACAGAUUUGCCAACGUCCUCUUGGCAAUUUUCUUUCAAGUCUUUUCUUGCCAGAAGAGGUUGAUUGCUGAUAGAGAGGAGAACUUCUCAUAUGGCUGCCGAUGACAUCUGGAGCAUAUUAUACAUGUCUAGGUCUUCUUGCUCUUCUCUAAUGUUGGCAUAACAGCAUUUUGUAAUUGAUUAAUAUGUGUGUUUUCAUUUUUUAAUGGAUUAAAUCUACAUAUCUUUGCUCUCUAGUUUAUCAUCUUAUUUGAAAGCAUCUAAUGCCAAUUGGUGGAUGCAUCUCAUACAAGCUGUUGUAUUUGGUCUUUAAGCUGAAUUUCAAAUAUGUUGAACCAGAUAUGCUUU